AAUCCAAAGAACAUAAGAUUCCCUUUUUUACUUUCCAUUUCAACAACCAAUUUUGAAACCCCAACAAUAAGUCUUUUCGUUCUAUCAUCCUUUUUUCUUUAAAAGAAAAUUGUGCUUUUCAUCUUGUUGGGUUGGAUGAGGUCCUGUACGUAUUGAUUUGUUGAGAGAAAUGGGGUCUAAGAAAGAGAAGAAAUAUAUAUAGAGAUAUAUGGGUCAUCGUAAAAGUUCUAUCAUCGUUUCUUUGGGAUUAUGAUGAUACAUUUUUAAAGCAAAUCCUGAAGAAAAAGAGAGACCCAAAAGAGAAAUUUGAGUGGAUGGGUUUGUUGAACUGAUUCUCGCUCCACCCAACCAUUGAUCGCCACACCACAACCCACCCAUUUGGCUUCUUUCGCUUUGUUUUCCCUUUUUCCUUCUUUUCUAAAAGAAAAAGCCAUAAUUUCAGUCGGUCGUCGUUUCAGUUAGUCAGUGACUGUGGUGGGGUAGUUUAGAUUUGUUCCAAUUGACGAAAGUGGCGGUUGGAUGAAGAAGUAGACCCAGAAAACAGAGGGAGCAAGCGAAGCACACAAAUGGGUUUGAUCAGUAAUCGAGUGGAGAGAAGUGAAAUCAAACCAGGCGACCACAUUUACACUUAUAGAGCUGUUUUCGCUUACUCCCAUCAUGGCAUUUUUGUAGGGGGAAGCAAGGUUGUGCAUUUUAGACCUCAGAGAAACUUGAAUUCAAGCACUGACACUCCCGAUUUCUACGAUUCAAGUUCAAGCAAUCCAUCAUCCUGUCCAAUUUUCCCUGACUGUGGAUUUAGACAGCCAAACAGUGGGGUAGUUCUUUCUUGUCUGGACUGCUUUCUGAGAAAUGGAUCCCUUUACUGCUUUGAUUAUGGAGUCCCCCCAUCAGUUUUUCUUUCCAGGGUAAGGGGUGGCACUUGCACCACUGCAACAUCCGAUUCAUUUGAUAUGGUUAUUCAUCGAGCAAUGUAUCUUCUUCAAAAUGGAUUUGGAAACUACAAUGUGUUUGAAAACAACUGUGAGGAUUUUGCUCUAUAUUGCAAAACAGGUCUUCUGAUAGUGGACAGGCUUGGGGUUGGAGGAAGUGGUCAAGCUUCUUCUGUCAUAGGUGCUCCCUUGGCUGCCAUUCUUUCCUCUCCUCUAAAGUUGCUAAUGCCAAGUCCUGUAGGCAUGGCAGUGAUGACUGCUGGAAUGUACAGCAUGAGUAGAUAUGCGACAGACAUUGGUGUUCGAACUGAUGUGAUUAAGGUGGCAGUGGAGGACUUGCCUCUUGAUCUCGAGUCUUUCAGCAGCAAAGAAGAAGAUGAAGACGAUGAAGACGAUGAAGACGACGAAGACGACGAAGACGAUGAAGACGAUGAAGAAGAAGAAGAAGCACCCGCCACCAAGAAAAAGAAAGAUUCUAAAAUGCUUGUGGUCAGGUGAUUUCAACUCCAUUUUCUGGUCGAUGAAGCUGCUUCAUAAAAAUUAAUCGAUUCGUGCCAGGUAUACAAAAUAGCAACAUUACGGUUCAAUCCUCAACUCCAAACUGCUCAUCUUCUUUCCUUGUUAUAGGUAUCUCUUGUGGUUGCACACUUUUAUUUUAUCCUGUAUGAAAAUGGUGUGUGGACUAGCCUGAUCAUUAAUAUUUGGUAGUUGGUCAGCUACAUCACUGUCAAAAUCCAUCUAAUGGAUGCACAGACUCAUAACCAACAUACGUCUGUCUCCAUUAGACUUGGAUGGUUUGUUUUUUGUUAUUUUAACAAAAUGUUUGAUUCAUGUGAUUCUAUCUUACCAUCAGAAAUAAAAAGCUAGACUAAUGAGACUUCAAAAUU